AUGUUCCUUUUUCAAUAUUUCUCUCCAGAAAAGAGACCUUUGAGAGAUGAAUACCUACCUGACUAUCGCUACCCUCUUGGACGCUUCAAAACGUCCUACCCGUUUGCGAACAUUCGCGAAGCGAUACCUAGAGUAAUCGAAAGAGGUCCGCUUGGUUGUGGUUGGUUUCAAAAAAUGAAUAUUUCCUGGACCCAUGGGAUUGUUAUUCCCGAUCCCCAUGAUAUGUUAACACUUUAUGUUCAAUGUAAGCUGGUUGACGAGCCUGCAACUCCUUGGAAAAUUGAAGCAGAGGUUUCCAUUUCUCUCCACAAUUAUAGCGAUCCAGAAGCAUCCUUGAGCUAUAAUCUUGGAGUUCGAACAUUCCAGAACAUGUCUAGAAGUGUCCAACAGAACAACGUAAUAAAUAUCAAUGAUCUGUUGGAUGAGAACUGUGGGUUUGUGAAAAAUAAUGUGAUUCGGGUGGAAUCAGAUAUUCGGAUUCUGACAGUUGAAGGAUUCUAUCAGCCAAGAGUCAUUGAUUACCGUGUAGAACCACCGGAAAAACAAAGCCAUUUUUUUGCAUUUGAGUACGAAGAUGCUCAACUUUACGUGCCCAAAGCGAUUCUGAGAUUUCAUAUGAAGUCUUCUAAAAUAGUUCAUUCAUCAAAUAGUCUACCAAUCACAACAAAGUCCAAUGGUUGUUUGGAACAAUAUCUGGAUGCUCUCCACGGAUUUCCGAUCUACAAUCAUGCUCGUAAAUAUGUUGACGACAUACUCUAUGUGGCUAGUAAACUUGGAACACGUGCCGUCUAUCAAAGAGCUGCACCAGCAAUAAUAUACGAUUCAAUGGGUCAGGAUAUUCCCAAAUAUCGUGUGGAAUUGGCUAUAAAAUUUGAUUUGAGAAGAGUUAUUCAUGCAUGGUUGUCUAAGAUGGAUUCAGUUAAAAAAGAAGAUGUGGAGAGAUUGGAUAUCGAAGCUAUGUCAGGAGAAGUGAUGAAGGCAAUCGUCCACAAAAUUAUCAACUCGGGAUGGGAGAAAUAG